GCCCCACAGCCCCGCAGCAGCCACAGGGGGAACCAAAGAGACAGAAGCCUUCCCAGCUGCCCGGACCACAGACGCCAACACCCCCCGCCCCCCACCACACGCCGCCUUGCCCGCCCGCGCCCCGCACGCUAGCCCACGACCGAGAGGCGGCGGCAGCAGCAGGCUGCAGGCUGCGGUAACUCGCACCGGUGCGCUCCUGGCAGCGCUUGCUAUCCCAAGUGACUCGGACUGGCCCCGGGUCCCCGGCCCCAGCUCCCGCUCGCGCCACCCGCCCUCCUGUCCUUUCGCGCCUCUCUACCCCCCAGCUCGCGGGAAGGGAGGUCGCGGCAGCGGCCUGGAGGCACCGGCGACCGUGGCGACAGCGGCGAAAGUGGCGGCGGCGGUGGCGGCAGCGGCUGCGGCGGCGGCGGAGGCUGCGGCGGCGACCGUGGCGGAGGCUGUGGCGGAGGCCUCCGUAGCGGAGGCGGAAGCAGAGGUGGAGGCUGAGGUGGAGGCCGAGGCCUCAGUAGAGGAGGCAGUGGCGGAGGGCACCCGGGGGGAGGUGGCGGCCGCCCUGGCAGAGGGGAAGGAGGCGGCGGCUGCCCUGGCGGCAGUGGUUGUGGAGGCUAGCGCGGCUGAAGCUGCCUGCGCCGCCGCCGCCGCCGCCGCCACUGCAGCAGCAGCAGCAGCAGCAGCAGCAGCAGCGGAGGCUGCGGCGCCCUCCUUGGGGGAGGCGGACGCGGCGGCGGAGGCGGCGGCGGAGGCGGCGGCGGCGGCGGCGGCGGCGGCUGCGGCGGCCGCGGAUGCAGAUGCAGAUGCGGAUGCGGAGACCAGCAGGGUCUCCGAGGGGAACCCAGACUUUCCUAUGGCCUCGCUGUACGUGGGCGACCUGCACCCUGAAGUGACAGAAGCAAUGCUCUACGAGAAGUUCAGCCCGGCCGGGCCCAUCCUUUCCAUCCGCAUUUGCAGGGACAAGAUCACCCGCCGCUCGUUGGGCUACGCGUACGUCAACUACCAGCAACCGGUGGACGCCAAGCGGGCCCUGGAAACCCUGAACUUUGAUGUCAUCAAGGGCAGGCCCGUGCGCAUCAUGUGGUCCCAGCGGGACCCCUCGCUCCGCAAGAGUGGGGUGGGCAACGUCUUCAUCAAGAACCUGGGCAAGACCAUCGACAACAAGGCGCUGUACAACAUCUUCUCGGCGUUUGGCAACAUCCUCUCCUGCAAAGUGGCCUGCGACGAAAAGGGGCCCAAGGGCUACGGGUUUGUGCACUUCCAGAAGCAGGAGUCCGCAGAGCGGGCCAUUGAUGCGAUGAAUGGCAUGUUCCUGAACUACCGCAAAAUUUUCGUUGGGAGAUUCAAGUCGCAUAAAGAACGAGAAGCCGAAAGGGGAGCCUGGGCCAGGCAGUCCACCAGUGCUGACGUCAAGGAUUUCGAGGAAGACACCGAUGAGGAAGCCACCUUGCGAUGAAGACAUGCCAGGAGCCAGUCAGCCAGCAGAGCCAAAUCUUGGCUCCCACCCGGUUUACAACUCCCCUCUUUGCCCCCUAACCCACCAGCAGUGUAUUGUAUUGUACUGGGAGUGCAGGUCUCUCUCUCUCCUCUCUCUCUCUCUCUCUCUCUCUCUCUCUCUCUCCCCCCCCCCUCUUCCCCUUUCCUUUCAUCCCCUCCUCCUCCUCUUCCUCCCUCCUUCUUCUUCCUUCUGUCUUCCCCACCUCUCCCUUCCCCCCACACCCACCAAGGGCGUUGUGAAUAAUCUUGCUAAUCUGUGCCACUUGAUAGAUUAUAGGCUGCCUUUUCUCCUUGUGCUUUGGUUUAAAAAGCACUUCAUUCUCGCUUCCUUCACUACACAGGUGAUACAAUUUCAUGGUAGAAACAUCAGAAAGGAGAAGGAAAUCAGAUGAGGGAAAACCCAGAGAGUAAUUGUUCCCCAUGAUUCUACUACCCAGAGGCAACCACUUUUUCGUGUGCUGUUUUUCCAGGCUCUCCUCUCUCCCUCUUUCUCCCUCCCUCUCUUCCUCACUCCCCACCCCCACCUUCCCUUUUAACACACUGUUAUAGAAUGGUUCAAGUGUGUGGUGUUUCUUAAUCUGCUUCUUCAGAAACUAAAGCCAAACAAAACACAACCCAUUGAACUUCUUUCCAUGUUAUUCAACAGGCUUCCUAAAUGUCGUCUUCAGUGCCUGCAGAGUGUAUCCAUGGAUCUUUAACUCUUCUGUAAUCAUUUUCGCUUGUUGGACAUUCAGGUGGUGCCUAGUUCUUUCCUUGUGUUUAAACCCAACACUGCAUACUCUGACGAAUGAAUCCUUCCUUGUCAAGCCAAAUCUUCGCUAGCAUACCGGAUGGUCUUCUUAAUUGUGGACGUGCAGGAUCCACAAUAAAAUAUCCUUGCAGGAUAUUUUAGAGACUUUUCCUGUGUGUUGCCAAAUGGCCCCUUCAUAAGCACUGUACUGAUUUGCAUUCAUGCCAGCCAGCACAGCUAGUAAAAACAGUAUGUCCAUUCCCCCUGCAUAGUCUCCUAGUCACUGUAAUUGAUGUGUGUGUGUGUGUGUGCUGGAGUGUGUGCGUUUUGGCCAGCUUGAUGGGCUGCAAAUGGUAUUUCACUGUUUUAGGUUAUUUUGCUGGAUUUAAAUGCUCUUUAUCACCCUCUUUUCCUUGUGCCCACUUAUUGCCCUUUUGCCCAUUGCCAGAAACAUCAUUCGGCUUUAUUGCAGGAAAAAAUUAAACUGCAGGCAACAGAAGAAAAUUAAUGUUCCCAGUAAUCAACCCUAAUCGCCACACAUACAUUCCUAAAUCAUUUUCAUGUGUGCUUCCCCAGUAUUUUUCAUGUGAUAUAUAUGUGAAUUUUCAUGUAUAUACUGUUUCAAUAUCUGCUUUUUCACACAUGAAUAUAUAAUAGAGAUAAGAUAUAGAUGUAUAAAUAGAUAUUCUCGAACUUCGUUUCAUGUCAUUAAAUAUUCUUCUAAAAAUUG